AAUAAGAGUUGCACACAAGUUUUUCGUCCCUCUUCUCUCGCGUCGCUCCGCACCAGUUUCACCGCACGAAUAUCUUGUUGUUUGGAGCGAUCCGAGAAAAACUCUGUAAACAUGUUGGUUUACCAGGACCUCCUUACAGGUGAUGAGCUUCUCUCUGACUCCUUCCGUUACAAGGAAAUUGAGAAUGGAAUGCUGUGGGAAGUUGAGGGGAAGUGGGUUGUUAAAGGAGCAGUUGAUGUAGACAUUGGUGCAAACCCUUCUGCUGAGGGUGGAGGAGAAGAUGAGGGAGUUGAUGAUGCAGCUGUUAAGGUUGUUGACAUUGUUGACACAUUCAGACUUCAGGAGCAACCCGCAUUCGAUAAGAAGCAGUUUGUUACCUUCAUGAAGAGGUUUAUCAAGAAUUUGACUCCCAAGCUCGAUGCAGAGCAACAGGAGUUGUUUAAGAAGCACAUCGAGGGAGCAACUAAAUACCUGCUCUCUAAGAUUAAAGAUUUCCAAUUUUUUGUUGGUGAGAGCAUGGGUGAUGAUGCUUGCUUGGUCUUUGCCUACUACAAGGACGGCGCUGCUGAUCCAACAUUCCUGUACUUUGCAUAUGCCUUAAAGGAGGUCAAGUGCUAAGUGACUUAAUGUACCGAGCUAUCUACUCAUUUUAUCUAGUUUUUUUUUACGUUCUGUCCUAAGUUACUUGAAACUUUGACCUGGUAUUUUGAUUUUAAUGGUGAGACGUGUGCUACUGCUACAUCAUAAUUCCCAUCAAAUUUAAUUAUCGAUGGGUUAGAAUUUCAUUAAUUUAUGAUUUUGGUCGUGCUAGAUUCCCGGAAGUUUCUUUUGAAGAAUUUUUGGGUGUGUACUAGAAAUAUUUUAAUUUGGCUUCAUGGUUUUAUUGAUAAGGAUUUGAAUACGACUUGGGAAUUUAAUAUG